AUGGCCGAUUUACAACUACCUCGAUUUACUCAAUCUUUACGUACAUUCUCCAAAGUGGUCGAUCCAACAGCUCAUCAUGGUCAUCAUGCCAGCGUUAGUCUUCAACAGAAACGUCAAGGUAAAAAUAACAUUACCAAUGCGAUCACCUGGAAGCAAUUGAAUCAGUUAGGCCAAUCUUUACCGGACAAGCUAGAGAAAGAGGUAGCAGGCGAUAUUGACUCGGAUGCGAUUCUUGAUCUAUUUAUAGCCUGUAAUGAACUUGGAGAAGGAGCUAGCGCUGCUACCGCAGCCUUCCUCUUUGAGACGUUAAUCGAUAGUCAACAAGUGGGCCGCCAUGAAAGUGAGACGAUACGUCGAGUUGUUGGCCCAUUUCCUCAAUCGUCUGCUAGUCAAGCCUGUAAAAUUGUUCAACAACUUGUACAUUUGAUACCUGACCAACAAAUGGACAAAUUCAGAAAUUUAAAUAAGCCACUUUCGCAAAAUCAAAAUAAUCCAAUUGAAUUUGGUAAAGGCAUUAAGUUCACUUUUGCUGAUUUAGAUCAAGUGGAUUAUACUUCAAAUGAAGGUAAUACCGAAAAUGAUUUUCAGUUCGAUAUCGGUUACAAAUCACCUCAGCAGGAAUCAACGAAAAUCCAGCAGAAAGAUACGACAGAGGAACCUAUUGCAUUACAGGGAUUAUGUAAUCAGUAUUUAAAGGAUAAAGUAAAGGAUGGAUGGAAAUUAGAAGAUAUUUGUAGCGUAUUAUUAGAUAUCCUACAAUCGCCUAGAAGUAAUGAAGACAUUCAGUGCGAGCUUUGUGAUAUACUAGGAUUGGACAAAUUAGAAUUUGCAAUGCUAUUAUUAGAGAAGAGAACUGAUUUAGUCCAAUCGGCUAAGACGAUAGAUAUGAGUAGAGACUGUUAUCAAAAGAAUAACGCUAAUAGUCGAUCGGAUAGAAAGCCUGUUGUUGCCUCUCAAAUAACUGUUCAGUCUGCAUACGAGAAGCAAUUAGCCAAAGUAAUACAAAAAGAAGAUCGCAAACUGAAUCGAAACACUACACACAAUCCGUCCAAUGCUGAUAAUGAUUUUAUGGAAUUUGAUCCAGAAUUUCUCCGGCAACAAAGGCUAGUCCAACCUUCAAGAUACUUUUAUACUUUAAGAUUUGCAAAAUCGAUAUUGAGUCGAUCUAGUGCGGCAGCUUCACGAAGGAUAAAAUAUCCAUACGUUUUUGAUUCAAUGUAUGAAGCUCAGCAAACAUCUGCAUUUUUAGCUAAUGUUAAGGUGGCGUUACCAACAAAUGCCAAGAGAUCGUCCGAUCAGUUAUGCGAAUCGGUCAUGUUACCGUUUUCUGCUCCUGCACCACCUAUGGAAUGGGAAAGGAAAGUGCCUAUAACAGCACUAGAUGAAAUAGCGCAAAUGGCAUUUACUGGUACAAAGUAUCUGAAUAGAAUUCAGUCAAUAGUUUACGAGAACGCUUAUAAUUCAAAUGAAAAUUUACUAAUUUGCGCUCCAACUGGUGCUGGAAAAACUAAUGUCGCCAUGUUGACUAUAAUUAGAGAAAUUCGCCAGCAUAUUUAUAGUGGUGUUAUUAAAAAGGAUGAAUUCAAGAUUAUUUACGUUGCUCCUAUGAAAGCAUUAGCUGCGGAAGUAGUGAGAAAUUUUAGUAGUAGAUUAUCACCGCUUGGAAUUAACGUUAGAGAGUUUACCGGGGAUAUGUCAUUAACGAAACAAGAACUAGCGGCUACUCAGAUGAUAGUAACAACGCCAGAAAAAUGGGAUGUAGUCACUAGGAAAAAUACUAGUGACUUUGUUCUUGUGCAUAAAGUAAAUUUAAUAAUACUUGAUGAGGUACACUUAUUAUAUAACGAUCGUGGAGCUGUAAUUGAAAGUAUAGUUGCUCGAACACUGCGACAGGUUGAAGCCACGCAAAGGAUGAUUCGUAUCGUUGGUCUUUCUGCAACAUUACCAAACUAUGAAGAUGUUGCUUUGUUUUUACGUGUUAAUCCUCAUAGUGGAUUAUACUUUUUCGAUAAUCGCUUUCGUCCUGUGCCAUUAACUCAGCAUUUUAUUGGAAUUAAAUCAACAAACUAUAUACGACAAGCGGAAGAUAUGAAUACCGUGUGCUAUGACAGAGUACUUAAAUAUUUAAAGGAUGAUAAGCAGGUUAUGGUAUUUGUUCAUGCACGUAAUGCAACCGUUAGAACUGCUAGAGCUCUGCAUGAUAUUGCUUCAAAUGGAAAUGAAUUGUCGUACUUUAUACCUGAAAGAGAUGUUGAUUAUGGAAGAUCAGAAAAACAGGUUAUGAAAUCUCGCAAUAAGGAACUACGUGAUUUAUUUUUGGGUGGUUUUGGAAUUCAUCAUGCGGGUAUGCUCAGACAAGAUCGUAAUUUGGUUGAAAAGCUAUUUUUAAACGGACACAUUAGGGUAUUGGUUUGCACAGCUACUCUUGCUUGGGGUAUUAAUUUACCAGCUCAUGCUGUCAUUAUCAAGGGUACGCAAGUUUACGAUUCCGGUAAGGGAUCUUUCGUUGACCUUGAUGUCUUGGAUGUCCUUCAGAUAUUUGGUAGAGCUGGUAGGCCGCAAUUCGAUAAUCAUGGCGAGGGAACAAUUAUUACAACACAUGAUAAACUUGCCCAUUAUUUAUCGGUUAUAACACGGCAAAGACCGAUUGAAAGCGAAUUUGAAAAGGGCUUGUUGGAUAAUUUAAAUGCAGAAAUUGCUUUAGGUACAGUGACCACAGUUGAAGAAGCGGUAAAGUGGCUAAGUUAUACGUAUUUAUAUAUACGGAUGGUACGAAAUCCUUUAGCUUAUGGUCUGUCUUAUAAUGUUCAAGAGUCUGAUCCUGGCCUAGAUGAAUAUAGAAGAAAUUUAGUUAUAAAGGCAGCUCUAACACUUGAUAAACUGCAGAUGAUUCGAAUUAAUAAAAUCGAUAAAUUUAAUAUUCAACUAAUUUCCGUCGAUAUCGGAAGAAUCGCCAGCCAUUUCUACAUUAAAUAUCAAACUAUAGAGACAUUUAUGGAGUCGAUUCAGCCUAUAAUGAUCGAUGGUGACUUAUUGACAAUGAUGUCUCGUUCUCACGAGUUUCAACAGUUAAAGGUUCGCGAAGAUGAAAUGGAAGAAUUACAUUGCUUGUUAGAUGGUUGUCCAAAAGAAGUUAAACAAGGAAUUGAGAACUCCGAUGGCAAAGUGAACGUUUUAUUGCAAAGUUUUAUAUCACGAACAUUUAUCAAUAGCUUCUCACUUACAUCAGAUUUUAAUUAUGUUGCCCAGAAUUCAACUCGUAUUGCGCGUUCUUUGUUUGAAAUGGCUAUGUGUAAUGGCUGGCCUUCCUUAGCCGAACAACUAUUAAAUAUUAGUAAAAUGAUAGAAAGACGAAUUUGGUCGUACGAACAUCCUCUACGCCAAAUUAAUGCAAUACCUGAAAAUAUCCUUAAAAAGAUUGAAGAACGCAAAGCUAAUGUUUUUCGCUUGAAAGAUAUGACUGCUUCAGAAAUAGGGCAUUUGAUAAGACAUCCUGCGAUGGGUAGUAAAAUUAAGGAAUACGUAGAUCAAUUGCCAUCAGUUUCUCUAACUGUUACUAUCCAACCAGUCACUCAUCAAAUUCUUAAGAUAAGUUUAUCUAUAACGCCUGAAUUUGAAUGGAAUGAUCGCAUUCAUGGAAAAAUUGGAGAACCUUGGUGGGUUUGGGUAGAUUGUCCAAAACAUAAUCGCAUGUAUCAUUCGGAGUAUUUCCUGUUACAUAAGAAACAGGUUUUACAGAAAGAGUCGCAAAAGAUAGAAUUUGCAAUUCCAUUAGCUCAUCCGUUACCAAAUCAGUACUUUGUUCAUGUGGUUUCUGAUAGAUGGCUGAAUUGUGAAGCUACCAGUGCUAUAUCGUUUAAACAUCUUAUAUUGCCGGAACAUUAUCCACCGCAUACGAAAUUACUAGAAUUGCAACCCUUACCAAUUAUGGCGUUAAACAAUGAAGACUAUAUCAAUUUAUAUAAUUUUACUCAUUUCAAUCCAAUACAGACUCAGGCGUUCCAUACACUAUAUCACACUGAUCACAACGUUCUACUCGGAGCUCCUACUGGUAGUGGAAAAACCGUCGCAGCAGAAAUUGCGAUAUUUAGAGUUUUUAAUAACUAUCCUAAAACUAAGGCUGUUUAUAUAGCGCCAUUAAAAGCCUUGGUUCGAGAGCGUGUCGAUGAUUGGAAGAUUAGGAUUCAACAACGCUUGAAGAAAAAUGUAAUAGAACUAACUGGCGAUGUUACACCGGAUUCUCGCGCUAUAUCGAAAGCAGAUUUAAUUAUUACAACUCCUGAAAAAUGGGAUGGAAUUAGUCGAAGUUGGCAAACACGAAGCUAUGUUAAAGCUGUGUCUCUAAUUGUCAUUGAUGAAAUUCAUCUUCUUGGUGACGAUCGUGGACCAGUAUUAGAAGUCAUUGUGUCACGAGCAAAUUAUAUCUCUGCACAUACCGACAUUAAAGUUAGAGUAGUUGGAUUAUCUACCGCUCUUGCAAAUGCACGUGAUCUUGCAGACUGGCUGAAUAUUGAUGAAACUGGCUUCUUUAAUUUCCAUCCUGCAGUUAGACCAGUUCCAUUAGAGGUACAUAUUAGUGGAUUUCCUGGUAAACAUUAUUGCCCUAGGAUGGCAUCAAUGAAUAAGCCUGCUUACACAGCUAUUAAGACAUAUUCUCGUGAUAAACCUGUUUUAGUAUUUGUAUCAUCAAGAAGGCAAACACGCCUAACGGCGAAUGAUUUAGUUUCAUUUUGUAUUAAUGAUGAAUUAAAUAAGUCCUGGUUACAUAUUGCAGACGAUGAGUUACGAAAUUAUUUAGAACUUGUCAGAGAUUCUAACUUACGUCACUCGCUAGAAUUUGGCAUAGGUUUGCAUCACGCCGGUUUACACGAGGGUGAUAGAAAAGUUGUCGAAGAAUUAUUUGUUCAACAAAAAAUUCAAAUUUUGAUUGCUACAAGCACAUUAGCAUGGGGCGUUAAUUUUCCUGCCCAUUUGGUAAUUGUUAAAGGUACAGAAUAUUAUGAUGGUAAGACUAAGCGUUAUGUUGAUUUCCCGGUAACUGAUAUAUUACAAAUGAUGGGCAGAGCUGGUCGACCACAAUUCGAUGAUAGUGGUACUGCAGUUAUACUUGUACACGAUGUGAAAAAGAAUUUUUAUCUAAAAUUUUUGUAUGAACCAUUUCCCGUGGAAUCUAGCUUGUUACAAGUUUUACCUCAACAUUUGAACGCUGAGAUAGUUUCAGGCACAAUCACUUCAAAACAAGAUGCAAUGGACUAUAUCACGUACACUUACUUUUUUCGUAGGCUGGUGGUUAAUCCUAACUAUUAUCAAUUAAAUGAUACUGACGUUAACGCCGUCAAUAAAUAUCUAUCUAAUAUUAUUGAAGACGCUUUAACAGAAUUAUCGAAUUCGUAUUGUAUCGAAAUUGGCGAUGAUCGUUCUGUUGUUCCGCUUACAUUAGGUUGUAUUGCUUCAUACUACUAUUUACAUCAUUCAACUUUAUAUUCGUUUAGUACCAAUCUAGGCAGUAAUACGACAUUAGAAGAUUUAUUAUUAUUGAUAACCAAUGCUACAGAAUAUGAAGAAUUACCGGUAAGGCAUAAUGAAGAUAUGCUUAAUAUGGAACUGGCAAAGAAAGUACCAAUUGAAGUCGAUUCAAAUAGUUAUGAUUCACCGCAUGUCAAAACACACUUGUUACUGCAAGCUCAUUUUUCACGACAAGAAUUACCAGUAGUCGAUUACAGAACGGAUACAAAGUCCGUUUUAGAUCAAGCUGUUCGUAUUAUACAAGCGUUGAUUGAUGUCGCAGCAGAUGGUGGUUGGCUUGUUAUUGUGUUAAAUGUGAUUAAUCUGUUGCAAAUGGUAAUACAGGGAAGAUGGAGAAGAGAUUCACCAUUGCUGACAUUACCAAAUAUCGAUAUGUCUGUUUUGCAAGUUCUAAAAGCUAAUCGAAGUAAACAACGUGUACCAAUUUUACCAGAAUUAAUUGAGUUUUAUGGGAAUGACAGGAAAGCAUUCGAUAACAUCUUUACCCCGGUUUUAAAUCAACGCCAAACUGAUGAACUCUUUUCUACGAUCCAGCAGCUACCGCGUAUAAAUGUUGGUAUUACUAUUAAAGGUAGCUUUUUACCAAGUUAUGAGGAUGAUUCCAAUGAAAGUAGAAUAGUUAAAGAUGGUCAUGAUAGGAAUUACUCAUCUCAAACGGUUGAUUGGAUAUCCGUCUGUAGUGACAGAGAAUAUACGUUGCAAAUUAAUUUGCAUCGAUUGAUGUUUAAACGACAGCGCGAUCGAGAUAUAGGAAAAGCGUAUGCACCUCGAUUUCCUAAAGCUAAAGAUGAAGGAUGGUUGCUGAUAUUAGGCGAUACUGAAAAGAGAGAGUUAUUAGCUUUAAAACGUGUAUCUUAUGUAUCAAGGAAAUUGACUACAAUGAUAUCAUUUUGUACACCGGAAUUCGAAGGCCGUUAUAUCUAUACGUUAUAUCUUUUAAGUGAUAGUUAUUUAGGUUUGGAUCAACAGUUCGACAUUAAAUUAGAUGUGCAAUCAUCCGAAUAA